AUGAUUGAGCAGGUGGGGUGUGACGCCCCCAAAAAACUGUUCUUCCGUGUGGCCAAGGAGAUGUUCGCUGAUGGCACUUUCAACUGGGGCCGUGUCGUUGCUCUCUUCUACUUCGCCUGCAAACUGGUGCUGAAGGCACUGUGCACCAAGGUCCCGGAGCUCGUCCAGACCAUCCUGGGCUGGACCAUGGAGUACCUGCGGGAGCACGUGCUGGCCUGGAUCCAGGCCCAGGGCGGAUGGGAAGGACCCCUCUCCCACUUUGGGACCCCGACCUGGCAGACUAUCACCAUC